AUGGCCCCAGCCUCCGCCCUCGUCGGCCCGCCCGUCGCCGUCGCCUUCAACGCUGAUCCGAAGCCGCAGCCGCAGCCGACCAGCCGCUCGUCCCCCAACAACUCGUCCGACGAGAGCUCAUCCAUGGACGAAGAUUCGCCUGCCCCAGGACCGACGACGGAGGAGGGGAUCAGGCGGAAGCUCGCGUACGCCUCCUCCGGGGAACCCUGCGUCGACUUCUUCUUCCAGGUAGUCCCCAGCGUCACCUCCGACGCCGACCUCGCCGCGCUCCUCGAUGCGGCCUGGUCCUGGGACGCGUGCACCUCCCUCAAGCUCGUCUGCCACCUCCGGGACGUCCGCGGCCUCGGCAAGUCCGACAGGGACGGCUUCUACGCUGCCGCGCUCUGGAUGCACGCGCGCCACCCGCUCACCCUCGCCGCCAACCUCGCCAACUUCACCAGGUUCGGGUGCCUCAAGGACCUCCCCGAGAUCAUCUACCCCAUCCUCCACGGCCCCCGCGAGGACGACGACCGCAAGGGCGACGGCCGUCGCCGCCGCACAAAGCGCCGCCGCAGCGUCGACGAGGCGCAGGCUGCCAAGGAGAGGCUCAACAAGGAGGCGCAGCUGGCGCAGGCGCGUCGCCGAGACGCCGACACGUUUGCUGAGCUGCUCAAGUCCGACGUCGAACACCUGCGCUCCGGGGACACCGCCAAGAUCGGGCUCGCGGCCAAGUGGUGCCCGUCGCUCCGUUCGUCCUACGACCGCUCGACCCUGCUCUGUGAGGCCAUCGCUCGCCGCAUCUUCCCGCACGAGCCGAACCAGGAGUACCUCAACCUCUCCGACGAACACUACACCUACCGCGUCCGCAAUCAGCUCCGCCGCGAGGUGCUGGUGCGGCUUCGCAAGGUGCUCGAGCUCCCGGAGGUGUACAUGAGCGCCGGCAAGUGGGACGACCUUCCGUACGCGCGCGUGGCGUCCGUGGCGAUGCACAAGUACAAGGAAGCGUUCCAGAAGCACGACAAGCCCCGCGUGGCCGGCUUCUUCGACGAGGUGCGCACGGGCCACGCGAGGGUGGCUGCAGGCGCCGUGCUGCAGCACGAGCUGAUUGCUGCGGCUCUCAAUGGGGAGCACGACGAGGCGGCAGAGCUCCAGUGGCGCAGCAUGGUGUCCGCGCUAGCCGCGGAGGGCCGGCUGGACAACUGCAUUGCGGUGUGCGGACUCACUGGUCCCGCUCCCGCCACGGACCCUGCGACCUCGGCCGCCAUCGCGCAGGGGCUCCUGAUCUCGGAGCUGAGCCAGGAGCCGUGGAAGGGGAGGGUGAUCACCUUCGACGAGACGCACAAGCUGCACAAGCUGCACGGCGCCAACCUCAAGGUGAAGCUGCAGCCGCUGGUGGCGGCCCUCCCUCCGCUCAAGAAGGGCGGCAACCUGCAACAACGAGCAUCUAAAAAGAUAAAGAUCCCAACAGGCGUGUUCAGCAUCCUGAGCACGGCUGUGGUGGGCGGGCUGCGCAGGGACAUGAUGGUGAAGAGGGUGUUCGUGCUGAGCGACAUGGACUUCGACGGGUGGGCCGGCACCGCCGCGCCGUGGGACACGGAGUACCACGGCAUCAGCAACCAGUUCACCGCCGAGGGUUUCGCGGCGCCGGAGGUGGUGUUCUGGAACGUGGGAACGUCCAAGACGUCGAUGCCUGUGGUGGCGGCGCUGGUGAGCGGCUACUCCAAGAACCUGGUGCGUCUCUUCCUGGAGGCCGAUGGCAACCUCACUCCAGCCACCGUCAUGGCCGACGCCAUCUCCGGCCCGGAGUACGACGCGCUCGAGGUGUUCGACUGA